AUAAAGGGGAACGCACAACAGCUUCACAAAAGUCACUUCGCGAACGUGAAGCAUGAGUUUGAAAAAGAUGAAUUUUUAAAUUAAAUGAAUUAAAUACAAAAUUUGAUUGUUUAUAAUAUUAAACAUUAGUCUUAGAUUCUUUGAUUUUGUCAUACUUUUAUUUUAAAAAAUUUGUUAAUAUCGGUAAUCCUUUCACAUAUUAGUUUUUGAGGUUAGAAUAUUUGUUUGGAUUUACUCUCUGUAAAUAAAUAAUUUUUAUUUGAUUUUGUAAAUUUUAUAAAAUUUACAUAAUGAUGAAUACAAUAAUAGGCAAUGAGAGGGAGAUAAUUAAACUUUUAAGAACAGCAGGUUGCUGUCAUAGAUGUUGUUUACGUUUUAUUGGAUCAAGAGAAACAAAUUAUUACGAAGAUCCUUUAUUAGCACUGGAAAAGUUGGAAUAUUUAGAUAAAUCUGACAUUGUAAAUACUCCUUGCACAGUAUGCUUAGGUAUUUUACAAGAUGAAUUAUUUCAAAGCGCCAUUCAAAAGACAUCAGAGGAAAUUAUUCGAGGGAAUUAUGACUGCGACACUUUUACUGUUGCACUGACUAUUCCAGUUUUAAUUCUACUUAGAGAGCGUUCUCUACAAAUUUAUUUAUCCCAGUCAUUGAAAUUAUCUGACGAAGCAUUUCGCGAAUUGAAAUUACAAACGCAAAGUAUUAAAGAAAUUUGGAAGUUAUUGGCUGUACCAAAAAUUGAGAAUUUAACGAAUAAGAUUGGAGAAGCUCAGAAAGUUACCUCUGUCUUUCUUGUUGAUAUUUUUUUCUCACAUUCUCGCGAUGAAGAAGAAUGUGUUGCCUUAUUAAAAAAAUGCAAUGCUGAAAAGAAGUCAGGCAAUUCAAGACAUAAAAAUAGGGAAAUUAGUUACAGUAGAAAAAAUGUGGAAUCUACAUUGGACACUUUAAAUGACGAUCAAUUUGUAGAUAAUUGUACAAUUCCACCAACGUCUGUUGAAAAUUUUGCAACCAUUGAUAAAGUGAAUUGUGCUCACAGUAGUCUUUUCAUAGGAGGUCGUUAUAAUAAACUUUCGAGGAAUUUAUGCCAAACUCCUUGGUUUAUUAAUGGGGAGAGAAAAAUGGAAACAUCUGUGCAAGAACUUCUUUGUGAUCCAAUUCUCAAACACGUACAAGCUGAUUCGAUGAAGUUUCUUUCUUCUGGAAGAGAAGACGUAGAUGUGAGAAUGUUAAAUAAUGGCAGACCUUUUGCAGUCGAAUUACUUAAUCCUAGAAUUACAAAAUUUCCCGAAGGAUUUGAAAAGUUGGUCAUGGAUAUCAAUAAAAAUUCGGAAAUCGUUCAAAUCACGAGCAACUUAAAACUUCUUUCCAAACUAGACUUAAAGAAGUUGAAAGAGGGUGAAAACGAAAAAACCAAGAAUUAUCGAGCUUUUUGCAUUUGUAAGCCAAAUGAAAAUACUAGCGAUUUAAUUAAUAAAUUGAAUGAUUUGAAAAAUCUGGAAAUUGUCCAAAAAACACCAAUUAGAGUUUUGCACAGACGUCCAUUAGCUUCUCGAAUUCGAAUGAUACACUCGAUAAGAGCUCAGUUGAUAAAAUCCGAAGAGUUGGAGAAAUUUUCUGUAGAAUUGAAAAAUCUUGAAGGAAAUGAACUUUUUGUUGUUGAUGUUAAGACUCAAGCAGGUACUUAUGUCAAGGAAUUUGUACACAGUGAUUUUGGUAGAACAGUUCCAAGCUUGUGCAGUCUUCUUCAAACGGAUGUUGAUAUUAUUGCACUGGACGUUACAGGAAUCAACCUGAAUUGGCCUUGAUAUUAUUAACGUUAUUAAUAAUAGGUUGCAGUAUGUAUAAUAACUUGAAUUUACUUUAGAUAAAUACAUACAUUUUUUAAUUUUA